ACCAAACAGCACCGGCCAAAACUCCCGACCCUGAAAAUCACAACUUCGAUUCUCCUGGAGUCAAUUCGAUCCAAUUACCACAAAGCUCACGCUUGGUUUUAAGGGGGCUGAUAGAACACGAGAAACCAGGAGCAGCAUCGGCUUUGGUUGCCUAUUGAAUUCCAUUUCCUUUUCGAUUCUCAAAACCCUAAAGCGCUCGUAACCCUCCGGUUUCCUAUUUCGUUCCGUUAGCUCUCUCUUCACAUCCUUUCUUUCUCGCGCUUUAUUACAUCGCUUGCACUUUUGGCUACCGCUCUGCUAUACGGCUAAGGUAAUGUAUGAAGAAAUCUGAUGUUUGCAGAGGAGUUUGGUCAGCUUAGGAUGACAGAGCCUUCCAAGGUUAUUCAUAUUCGGAAUGUGGGGCACGAGAUAAAUGAGAAUGAUCUUCUUCAAUUGGUGCAGCCCUUUGGCGUGGUCAUGAAGCUUGUCAUAUUAAGAGCAAAAAAUCAGGCUCUUAUUCAGAUGCAUGAUGUUUCUACUGCUGCUAACGUCCUGCAGUAUUAUGAGACUGUCCAACCAAGCAUUAGGGGAAGGAAUAUCUACAUGCAAUUCUCAUCACAUCAAGAACUAACAACAACAGAUCCCAACUCUUUAGGCACCAAAGGUGGUGAGCAGGGAAUGGAGCCCAAUAGAAUUCUCUUAGUUACUGUACAUUCAAUGCUCCACCCCAUAACUGUGGAAGUGCUGCAUCAAGUUUUUUCUCCAUAUGGGUUUGUGGAAAAGAUUGUCACCUUUCAUAAAUUGGCAGGUUUUCAAGCUCUUAUUCAAUAUCAUUUACAUCAGAGUGCUCUACAAGCAAAGAUUGCUUUGCAGGGGCGGAAUAUAUACGAUGGUUGUUGUCAGCUUGACAUACAAUUUUCCAAUUUGAAUGAGUUGCAAGUCAACUACAACAAUGACCGUUCAAGGUAAUAUUAAUGAUCUUAUGAUUUGUAUGAUUUAAGAUGAUAUUAGUAAUAUUAUUAUUA